CUGAUAGAUUCAAUUUCUAUUGUCGAAGAAGCCAAAGAAAAAUUAAUUAAAAUUAAUGGAGUAAUGGGAAAUAUAAUAAAAAUUAAGAUUGAGUCUGUUUUAUCAAAAAAUAAAGGCUUUCAAGCAGUUUUCAAAAUAUCAGAAAUAUUAAAUGGAAAAAAAAAAGACACAUAUGAUUUACCCGAAGAUUUGAAUUUAAAUGAUCUCACAUAUUUUAAAAACUGUCCAAUAACAUCAGUUGACGUAGAACGUUCGUUUUCAAUGUACAAAAAUUUACUUACUUCCAAUCGACGUUCAUUCAAGUUCGAAAAUAUCAAAAAAUCUUUAAUUAUUCAAUGCAAUUUCCAAGAGCCGUUAAAAGAAAACCUUGAAGAAAACUUUUAG